AUGUUGUUGACGCCGAUUUACAUUGCAAUGACUUUUAUAAAAACUUGGCGUAUUCGUUCAUUUCGUGCUCGUCUCCUGGAGUUCCUUAGUGGCAAUACGAGUGUGGCUUUUUGCAAAGUCCCUGAAAAUGCAGCAGAAACACCUACACUUAGUUCAAAACUUUGCACAAAUCCAAAAAAUGCUUACCUUUGUGAUUUACUGGAUUAUACCAAUGCUUCAAGAAUUUGUAGUAUGAAACCAACACAAUGUAUAGAGAUUAAUGAUUGGGUGACAUGUGCAGGAGGUCUGCCUUUAGGUUCAAGUGACAUUUCACCAGUAACGGAUCUUGAUGUUGAAGUGCUCUUUGAAUGUGAAAUGGAGCCACAUGAAGGAAGUUCACAUCAUGAUAUAAUAUCUUUGGAGUCCAUGGGUCAACCAGUGGCGUGGAAGGCAGGUUCACAUUUAGCAAUAGUCUUAAAGACUAAUAUUGAGCACCUCAGUGUGGUUGGUUUUCACUUUAUUGGUGGAGAAUUUAUUAUAGACCAUAAACUUCCAGUUGUUAGGAUACAAACUGUACAAAUCUCAGGAGAACCUAACAAAGCAGCUGAUGUGUCAAUGAGAGGUUUACGCAGUGACAUCCAACAAGGAUUAAAACAACUUCCCGAAUUAUUCCAGUGGUCAGUUCAUGCAGCUUUGCUUAGGAAAUUAUCUAAAGUUGUUGAUAUCAAAUCAGAUAUUAGAAAUACAACUGUUGAAAUGAAUGGUGGUACUGAUCAGGUUAUGGAUACAACACCAGUGAAAAGGACUGUGACACUGGCUGAUGUAAGCACCAUAACAACUAAAUCACUAUCACCAGAUGAAGAAUUUGAUGAACCUGUAGAAACCAUAAAAGUCGAUGAAAAUGUAAAAGUUCAAGAAAAAUCACCAGAAAAGAAAAGUAAAGAGAAGUCGGAAGAAAAAGGAAAAGAAUUAGUUGUUGAAAAUGUCACUGUUGAAAUUCAACAUAAUAUCACACCAAAGAAAUCUAGCUUGAAAUUAGACUUAAGAAAAGGCACUAGUCAACUUUCUACAUCAUUGUUAAAUAUAUCUAGUCAAAUAAAAUCCGUAACAACCCAUAAAAGAAUAAUAAGUACAUCAGGACCAAAGAAAACUCAACCACAAAUUGAUAAAAUACCGGAAAUAAAGGAAGAGAAUAAAAAUAAAUGUUCAUCACCACAGAGUACAUCAAAGUCAUUAAAGAGUUCCCGUCCAUUAGUAAAUACAAAAUCACCAAAUAUUUUAAUAUACUCUGAUAGUAUAGUAGCUAGGGAUAAUUUAGAAGCUUCCCUUAGGAAAGUGUUGGAUUGUGACAGAUACACUCUAUACAGCGUGUCCCGUGACUCUUUAGAGGCCGGGGCGUGGCGAGGACGUGCAGCAUUAGUGGCUGUCGCAGGUUGUGUGGGUCGCUGUGCGCCCUUGUUGUUGGCGCAUUUGCUCGAUGGGGGCCGGUUGCUUGCUCUAUGCUCAGAUUUAUUACAUACAGUGUUGCCUUAUUAUAAGACUGCUGAGGUUCGUGAAAAUGAAAUUGUACAGUUCAGUUACGACAAAUGGAAGUCAGUAAAAAUGAAACAUCACAUAUUUUGUUAUCAGGCAUCGCCAGCUAAGAAACAAUUCUCUACUGAAAGUGAUAGACAACCAUCAAAAUACACUGGCCACCCUGGACAUGAGAUGGACAUUCAAAUCCUGGCGUCGGAGGAAACGUGGCGAACUCCAUCUUUAUUACAAGCUACUGAUGCUAUCAACAACGGUAUCGCGAUAUUUUCUCAGAUACAUCUUGAAGCCGAUCCAAGCGAUUAUUUAGGCGAGGAAGGUAUGAUAAGCAACGAAGCCCGCUUAGGAAUCCUUCACAAGAUAAUGGGUGAUAUCUUGGGCCUCCAUGUCAAAGAUCCAAAGGAGAUAUGCAAUCUGGACUACACAAUGGGAUACUUUCUGGGAAAUCACGUGCAUAAGCUCUCGUUAGUGGACGGUUGGUGUCCGCCAGCGGAAGAAGGCACACGCGUGCAGAAGUUAGACAAAUUAACUAUUCAAUGGUGCAUGAGAGGAGAGGAGCCCAUCGAACCUCCAUCGGCUACAUUUUUACCUGUAUGCCUUUAUGAGUGUCCUGAAAAUUUCUCAACCGUAGAAUAUUUUGAUAAUUUAACUUCGGUGUCUAUGGGUCGGCUGGUGGUAUACGCGGAUGUCAUCGAGUCAACGACGCAUGUGGUUGGUGGUGGCACGCUGGCACACGGCGUGGCAGCGGUGGCGCGGCGCCAACUCGCCGCCCGCGGUCGCGCCGGCAACGCCUGGCUCACGCCGCCCGGACAGGCGGCCGUGUCGCUGCAGAUAUGGCGUAAGAUGUCUCCAACAUUAUCCCUCAUCCAACACGCGGCGGCGUUAGCGGUAGUUCGCGCUGUACGCACUGACCCCGCCUACGAACACUUAGACAUCAGGAUAAAAUGGCCUAAUGACAUUUACUAUGGUCGCGACGUGAAGAUAGGUGGAGUCAUCACCUCAGCGAGCUGCUUAGAUGAUGACGUGAUUUUACACAUAGGCACUGGUGUAAACAUAUCAAACAGUGUUCCAACGACGUGCGUGAACGACAUUAUAUUUGAAUACAACAAGGAACGCGGAACCAACCUGGCCUCGAUAUCGAUAGAGAAGUUCCUAGCGCGCUACUGUUCGCAACUCGAAAGAAUCCUCGAUUACAUCGACACUGAGGGCGGUUUGGAGACGUUUUUGGAGCAGUAUUACCAAUACUGGCUGCAUGAUCAAGAAGAAAUCCGCGUAAAAAGCAAAGACUCGGACACCCCUAUUGAAGGUACUAUAACAGGCGUGGACGAAGCAGGCUGGCUUCGUGUACGCACUAGAGGACAGGAGAUAAAAGUAGCCCCUGAUGGGAACACGUUCGAUAUCAUGAGCGGGCUCAUUGCACCGAAGCUCUAA